GGAGCACGGAUGCAUUUGGUAUACAGCUCACGCGCUCUCGCAUCCAUCCGGUUGGCCGCUGCACACACACACGAGCCAAAAAAAAAAGGCUGAUGGAGUAACAACGGAGCAUCUUUAUUCACACCAGCUCGUUUUUGUAUUGGGAUCACCAUUCCUGGAUCUGGGAUUUCGUUUGGAUUUCAUUAUGGGGUUUUUCUUAUAGUGUCGUGUGACAGGCCAUUAGAGAUGUAGGGUCCAGCGGGACUGACAUUCACGUUAGCUCGAGCCGGCCUCUAAACUCAAAUAUGUCUACCCGGAUGCCUUUACCUACUGUAAACGAGCGAGAGACUGAAAAUCACACAUCCCUGGAUGGCUUUUCCACCAAACUGGCAAGCCGACAGAACCUGCCACGCUGCAGGAACUCGCUCAGCUCCAGCGUGGACGAGCAGCCGCAUGUCGGCAACUACCGCCUGCUCAAGACCAUCGGCAAGGGCAACUUCGCCAAGGUCAAACUGGCACGCCACGUGCUCACCGGACGAGAGGUGGCAGUCAAAAUAAUAGACAAAACCCAGCUAAACCCCACAAGUCUGCAAAAGCUUUUUAGGGAAGUCCGAAUAAUGAAGAUCUUGAGUCAUCCAAAUAUAGUGAAGUUAUUCGAAGUAAUUGAGACCGAGAAGACACUUUAUUUAAUAAUGGAAUAUGCCAGCGGAGGUGAAGUGUUUGAUUAUUUGGUGGCUCACGGCAGGAUGAAAGAGAAGGAAGCCAGGGCAAAGUUUCGCCAGAUCGUAUCUGCAGUACAGUACUGCCAUCAGAAGAGAAUAGUACAUAGAGAUCUGAAGGCUGAAAACUUAUUGCUGGACGCUGACAUGAAUAUCAAGAUUGCCGACUUUGGCUUCAGCAACGAGUUCACGGUGGGAAAUAAGUUAGACACGUUCUGCGGCAGUCCUCCAUACGCCGCCCCCGAACUCUUCCAGGGCAAAAAGUAUGACGGGCCCGAAGUAGACGUCUGGAGUCUCGGGGUCAUCCUGUACACACUCGUCAGCGGAUCACUACCUUUCGACGGCCAGAACCUUAAGGAGCUGAGAGAGAGAGUGUUAAGAGGAAAGUACCGAAUCCCUUUCUACAUGUCUACAGACUGUGAGAACUUGCUUAAGAGGCUAUUAGUGCUGAACCCCAUCAAACGGGGCAGUUUAGAGCAAAUCAUGAAGGAUAAAUGGAUGAAUGUGGGCCAUGACGAUGAGGAGCUGCAACCUUAUACUGAACCAGAGCCUGAUUUCAGCGACACUAAACGGAUCGAGCUGAUGGUGACCAUGGGAUUCCCAAAGGAUGAAAUCACAGAGGCUCUCAAAGGACAGAAAUACGAUGAAGUCAUGGCUACGUAUCUCUUACUGGGAAGAAAACCUCCAGAGAUUGAAGGUAUCGACUCUGUGUCCGUCAGCAAUCUGUGUCCCAGGCCUCGCCCUACCAGUGACAUCAAUACCAGCACUAGCCAAUCCCCUUCGCACUCCAAGGUGCAGCGCAGUAUAUCGGCCAAUCAGAAGCAGCAGCGGCGGUUUAGCGAUCACGGUGGGGAUGAUAUAAAACCAAUGGGUCCCUCGGUCCCGCCUGUAGUGUCGUACACGAAGCGCAGCUGUCUAGAGAGCGAACAGAAGGAGGAGUGUGAGAACUCACGCAAGCUGCUAAGCGCCAACUCAAAGGGAGACGUACCAGCGUCUCCUCUGGCCGCCGUGGAGAGGAAAAAAUCCGCUACUUCUGCUGGAACUAAUGGAGGCAUGGCACGCAGAAACACAUACGUGUGUGAGCGCUCAGCUGACCGUUCCUCCGCCAUCCCCAACGGCAAAGACAGCAGUUUAACAGAGGUCUCGGGCAGCAGUAUGUCAGCCUCCAGUGCCACUUCAGCUCUGAUGUCUACAAGACAGAGAUACUUGAAAUCCGUGUCUUCCACAGGCGCCUCCUCCAAAACCACCCUGCCUCCAAUAGAAGACAACAGCGAAUAUAAGGGAAGUCCAAGUGCCAGGCCUCCGUCCACCUCACCCUCCGAUCACAGCAUCAGCACUCCAGAGCGCACUCAUUUCCCCCGAGGGACAUCCAGCCGGAGCACCUUCCACGGAGCACAGCUACACGAGCGCCGCAGCGCCACCUACAAUGGCCCACCUGCCUCGCCCAACAUGUGCCACGAAAUAGGCAACCUCGCACCAGCACGCCGGGGCACAUCCACCGGCAUCAUCAGCAAAAUUACCUCCAAGUUCUCCCGCAGGGUUCCAAGCGAAGGGGAGGCAAGCGGCAAGUCAGAGUCGCCAAGGAGCACUUUGGGCGAGUCGAAAGACGAGACCCGCGAGUCGAAGCCACGCUCACUGCGCUUCACAUGGAGCAUGAAGACGACGUCUUCCAUGGAGCCGGGCGACAUGAUGCGCGAGAUCCGCAAAGUGCUAGAUGACAACGGCUGUGAUUACGAGCAGCGCGAGCGCUUCCUGCUUUUCUGCGUGCACGGUGACGCUCGCCACGACAACCUGGUCCAGUGGGAGAUGGAGGUUUGCAAGCUGCCACGCCUCUCGCUCAAUGGCGUGCGCUUUAAACGCAUUUCAGGCACAUCCAUCGCCUUCAAGAACAUCGCCUGCAAAAUCGCUGAUGAGCUGAAGCUCUGACAGAGCCACGGAAAGGAAACACUGCGGCUCAAUGUGGGCUUGCAGCGGUAAGUUCGGAUCACGAUUGGCUAGAGCCGAGGUGCUGCCUUAACAGAAUGUGAGGUGCUCAUCCUGUAAGUUCUGCUUUUCCAUGAACUUUUAUCACCUUCACAUCUGAUCCCCUCUCAGUGAUGUUAUUUUGAUGCUGAUGGAAUGGUGUGUGAGUGUGUGAUGGUCUGGGAAAACUUUUUGUUGUGGCUCAAUACAGUUUGUAUAUGGACAUUGUUGCAAAGCAGCUUUAUAGAGAUAAAUAAAUUCAGGAUAUAAAUUGAUAAAUGGAAUUUAUUCUUAAUGAGCAAGCCAGAGGUGACAAGGAAAAACAGACGAUAUGAGCAAAAAACUUUGACAGGAACCAGAUACAGAAAUGGAAGCUGAACAGGUGACAACGGAUAGAUCGAGCAUUGGAUAUAUCGAGAACUGGAUAGAUCGAGAAUCAGAUAGAUCAAGAAUUGUAUAGAUCGAGAAUCAGCUAGAUCGCGAAUCGGAUAGAUUGAGAAUUGGAUAGAUUGAGAAUUGGAUCGAUUGAGAAUUGGAUAGAUUGAGAAUUGGAUCGAUUGAGAAUUGGAUAGAUCGAGAAUUGGAUCGAUUGAGAAUUGGAUAGAUUGAGAAUUGGAUAGAUUGAGAAUCAGAUAGAUUGAGAAUCAGAUAGAUCGAGAAUUGGAUAUAUUGAGAAUUGGAUAGAUUGAGAAUCGGAUAGAUUGAGAAUCAGAUAGAUCGCGAAUCAGAUAGAUUGAGAAUCAAAUAGAUUGAGAAUCAGAUAGAUCGAGAAUUGGAUAGAUCGAGAAUUGGAUAGAUUGAGAAUCAGAUAGAUCGCGAAUCAGAUAGAUUGAGAAUCAGAUAGAUUGAGAAUCAGAUAGAUUGAGAAUUGGAUAGAUCGAGAAUUGGAUAGAUCGAGAAUCAGAUAGAUUGAGAAUCAGAUAGAUUGAGAAUCAGAUAGAUCGAAAAUCGGAUAGAUCGAAAAUCGGAUAGAUCGAAAAUCGGAUAGAUCGAGAAUCGGAUAGAUCGAGAAUUGGAUAGAUCGAGAAUCAGAUAUAUUGAGAAUCAGAUAGAUCGAGAAUCGGAUAGAUCGAGAAUCGGAUAGAUCGAGAAUCGGAUAGAUCGAGAAUUGGAUAGAUCGAGAAUUGGAUAGAUCAAGAAUCAGAUAUAUUGAGAAUCAGAUAGAUCGAGAAUCGGAUAGAUCGAGAAUCGGAUAGAUCGAGAAUCGGAUAGAUCGAGAAUUGGAUAGAUCAAGAAUCAGAUAUAUUGAGAAUCAGAUAGAUCGAGAAUUGGAUAGAUUGAGAAUCAGAUAGGUCGAGAAUCAGAUAGAUCGAGAAUUGGAUAGAUUGAUCUGGGUGACACCGGAUAGUGUGAUUAUAAAUAAUUUCACUUCUAUACCUGUGUACUAAAUGGUCAGAAAGUAUGUUUGUAUUACCAGGAAAUGUAAAUUUUAUUUACUUUUUAAAUAUCUUAGAGCAAAAAUAAUGUUUUACCCUAUGAAACAAACCAUCAGUCUGCCACAAGGUUUCUAAAAUCCUGCUAGUUAAGUAUGUUUUCUUAUCAUUCUUAAUUGCCCCAGCACUGCCAAGCUGCCACCAUCGGGCCCCGACCCAUCCUGCUCCAGGGGCACUGCAUCACUGCACCCCAACCCCCAAGGAUGGGACAUGCAAAGAAAGAAUUGCACUGUGCAGCAAUGUAUAUGUGACAAUAAAGACAACUUAAUUCUAAUCAAUUCAGUUUUUCGCCACAUCCAGGCUGUCAGAAUCGUUAGCAUCAUUUUAAAAUGCUAAAGCUUGUUUUUGUGAUAAAUUUAAAGAUUUCAGUUUAUAAAACUUCACCAAAGAGCUUUCCCAGGCCACCACAUAUAUGUACAGUGCCUUACAGAAGUAUUCACCCCCCUGACCUUUACCACAUUUAUGUAGUGCUAUAACCUUGUAUUAAAAUGAAGUUAAUUUGGAUUUAUCAAAUUAUUUCGCUAAAAAAUGCUUUUGUUAUUUGCGUAAGUCACUAGUCACUCCCAUAGGUAGAAUCCCAGCCUACUGGGUUCAGCUUUGCAUUAUUGGAUCUUUGCCCAAUUUUUGUAAAUGCAAGUUCUGUCCAAUUUGAUGAAGAUCUGUUUAUGGUAAUUUUCUUGACAGAGAUUCUCAGUCUGUUUGAAAUCUGGGAAAUCUUUGGCUAGGACAUGGAGUGGUGUUGAAAGCACUGACAUUAUGCCUUAAAUUGUUAGAAAACGAAGCUUUGCCCCCAAUGUUUUUUGCAGACUGAAACAGGUUUUUUGGCAGUUCAUUUUUGCCCUCAACCCUAAGCAUCAUCCCCACAGCAUCAUGCCACCACCUUGGGUGGAAUACUGAACAAAUGGUUGUGAGUUUGAAUCCUAGGUCCACCAAGCUGCCACUGCUGGGCCCCUGAACAAAGCCCUUAACCCUUAAUUGCUCAGUUGUUAAUUGCUCUGGAUAAUGGUGUCUGCCAAAUGCCAGAAAUGUAAUAUGUUUUCAGGGUGGUGAGCAGUGUCAGGCAUCUGCCAAAGAAAACGGUCAUUUAAGAACUUGUUGAGCCUCAUGCGGGCCUUUUGGGUAACCUGUAGCUUCUUCUCAACACUUUUACCUCCCCAUUGUGCAGCCCCCAAGCUUUGGUUAUCCUGUGAUGAGAAUUACUUCCACUUUUAUGUUUUUAUAUUAGAAAUAGUUUUGCCAACAAUGUUGAGUUUUGGAAAAGAAGGUCAAGGCGGUGCACACGUACGCAAGGCACUGUAUAGCGUCAGUGUUACGCUGUGAGUAGAGUGUGUAGGUCGGUGUACAUUCUGACCGGGGUAUAAUAAUACUUUAGGUGUAGGAAUACGUUAACAUUAUGGCCAAUAUGGUGAUGAUAAACACACUUACAAUUUGUAUCCUCCUUUGUAAUAGCAUAACCAAAAAAUGCCAACAUUAAAGGAAGCUAAUGGUCACCAGUUAGUAUUAUGCAAGUUCUAUUGUGCUACUUUGGAGCUUUUCAUCCUUAUUAGGCACAUUCGCAUUCGAACUGCAGGUUAAACUCCCGACUUUUAUCCACAUGUACUAAAAGGAAUAACCUGCUACAUGUUUAAUAGCCAUUUUAAACGUGUUGACCGAGCUACCAAAUAACCAGUACGGAUUUUUCCAAAUGUACAGUUUAGUACAUAGAGAGACACGGCUAUUUAUCAAAGACUGUACGAUACGAAUAUGCAUACGUCGUCCUGCAGGUGUGGUAUGAAUGUUUUUCGAUUGCUGUACAGCUUUUUUUUAUUACAUUAAGAAGCCAUGGAAGAGAAACCGGGGACAUCAUAACAAGGAUUUGUUGCACUAAGUAUUACAAUGAGUGGUACAAGCCCUCUCCUUGCACAACCUGUUGACACUGGAGAAGUAUCGAGAACUGGAGAGAAAACAUUUGAAACCCCUUUGUGACCGUACAGUUCAUUUUAUUUUAUUUUAAUUCGCUCAUUUGUGCUGCAUAUAUAAAAACUUAGCCUUUCUUGUAUUUAUUCCAUUACACUAUGCCUGCUAUGUGCUGCUUUGUAUUAGAGAGGCAUUUAGUGUUUGAUAAGAAAAAAGAAAGGGAUUUUAUUUGUUUUGUUUUUUUUUGUUUUUUUUUAGUUUUGUUUUAAGGCUAUGCAUCGCCACAUGCAGUAGUGUACCUUAUGUCCGAUAUUCAGGUUUUGCCACAGAUGAAGGGAGAGAGAUUUAAAGGAUUGACAUAAAUGAUCUUGCUGUUGUUGAGGGAUAAAUUUGAAUAAAUCUCAUAAAGACGCUUCAUAAAUGUAGUGAAUAAUGCAUCGAAUCGAUCACGUCGCAAGCCGUUGUAUGUGGAUACCGUGAUCUGUGCCUCAUGGACGGUUUGAAAUACAGAAACGGAUAAAAAUGGUGUUCUUGCAGCUAGGCACAUGCUGGUUUGCAACUAAAAAUCUGAAGUGUUAGAAAAAUACAUCCCGGCAUUUGUACGUGCACGGCUCUUGUUUAGGACCAUCUGAUUCCAUUUCACUAGUGCACAAUAUUAAACUUACUUGAAUUAAACACAA